CUAUGUGGACUAUGCUUUGGGAGGGGUAGGGCUGCCUUGAGUAUGUGGAAUCAGACACUCUGGACACAUUCUGCGGAGAUCCUCUUCUCUGGGGCUGCUGCAGCUGUGAUCUAAAAAAGGUUGCCUAGCCAAGCGUUCUCUCCACUUAGUGCCAUGGCAUUCGCAGCCGCAAGCCUCUGGGCCUCGCAGCUGGCCUCCAGCAUGGUAUCAGCGGCAACCGUGCUCAACUUGGGCAGACUGACCUCUGGGACCACCCUGGUUCCGCUUCCCUUUGUGGCCAAGACUACUGCAGCUGUGGUAGGAAGCGCCGUGGUCGUCGGUUCAGUCCCUGUGGUGCUCAGCGCCAUCGGCUUCACCGGGACUGGAAUUGCAGCCUCCUCCAUAGCUGCCAAGAUGAUGUCCUCAGCAGCCAUCGCCAACGGGGGCGGAGUUGCUGCCGGCAGCCUGGUGGCUACUCUGCAGUCAGUGGGAGCAGCUGGACUCUCCCUGGCAUCCAAGGCCAUCCUGGCCUCUGUUGGGUUUACUUUUGGGGCCUUGGCUAUGCCCUAGGCCAGUUUCCUGCCCUCAGGUGCAUCCUCAGAGAAGACCUGUGGGGGCAAUAUCGUCUGGGUGACUGUGUACCAAAUGGGGCAUCAGCAACCCCAGAGGAAAAUAAAGAAUAAAGACAUGUCUUACAACA